AUGUUCGAUAGGACCAGAAAUUCACUGCUCACAUUGUGUCUACUAUUAAUCCUCCGAAAUGCUUCCGCCCAACGUUUUCUCCGAGAGGGCUUCAGCAGCAAGAUGGAGUCUGAUUUCAAGGCCGAAACGAAAUUGGAGGGAGCCUCUGGUUUGACAAGGGAAAUGACCCUCAUGAAAGAUACAGACUGGGAGUUGCAGCCGGCUACCUUUGAGAAUAUCCGUGAUGCGCGAUUUCGGCGACAUUUGGAAUCAUUCCUUCAGACACCUGUGACGUUAAAGCUGUCAACUCGCAAAGGAAAAUACGGAUUGCGAGCGGUUGGACACUUGGCAUCUGGGAAGCGGCUUCGAGCUUUCUGGAGACAAUCGACGAAUUCUAAGAAGCUAACCCCCGACGGCUUCCUUUCAGCGACUUAUGAUGAUGCAAUCAGAUGCCGGCUAUCUGUCAUGGAAUUCGAAAUCCAGCUCCCCCCUCAUGACAAGAAAUCGAAAGCAUUGCCUUCCGUGAUUUUCAGUGUCCCUGUGGAACCUGGAAGCAUGAAUUCCAAAGCAAUCAUUCCUCGUGGGGCGGUGAAUGUACGGGUUCUUCCAAAAGGACGCAUAAGCGAUGAUUUAGGCCCACAAGACGUGGAGCUCGGAAAAGGGCACGUUCACCUUCCAAUGCGAGCUGGGCUAGUAGAUGCUGCCUGGGCUAAAGGGAGAUCAGUUUUCCGAAAAGGACGCAUCAAUGGAGUAAUCUAG